CGCUCUGUCUCGCUUCCUCAGCUCCACACAGCGAUGCCUCCCACCACCAGCACCAGCUGCUGCAUACUUUUUACUUAAGGUGGAAACACAUAAAUUGUUUUUUUUAGUCGUUGUGAACCGGUGAGAGUUUUUGAAAGAGCUGAACAUAGCGUGGAGAUGUUUGUUUAAAGUGUGUAGGAGGAGGAUCUGCUAUCAUUGACGGAGUUUGACAGAUAACCCUCCCCGGCUGCAGCUCGGUCGGACCGCUGUGUUGUUUUGUUUUUGCUCGGUGUCGAAAGACCUCACACUAAAUACCGAGGUUGACGCCCAUUUUCACAUCCUGGGUUGCCAGAUAUGAAACUUUGACACUCAAACACAGAGCGUGCUGCAGCCAUGGAAGCAAACAAACAAACUGGAUCCACUGAGACAGAUUUCGUCCGACCUAAAAACCCGCCCAUGUCUCGUCGGAGUUCUCGCCUGGUUUCCGGUGGCUACUACAACUCAGACGAAGAAUCGGACUCCAGUAGCGUGACCAACAUAUCGUACCGCGAAAACCCCGUCAAGGUUUUCAAGAAGAAGGCAGGAACCCGAAAGUCCGGCUCCCGUACCUCCAGUAGAGCCAACAGUAAUGACAGCUCACCCAGCACGGAGUCGCCUGUCACUGCAGCUCCGGGUCCUUCUCCCUUGGCCACCCAGACGCAGUCGACCCCGCGGACCGUAUCCUACGUCUCUCCAGUGGUCACCCCUCGCCCCGCCGUGACCCCAUCAUCAUCCCGGAGUCAGACACCCACUCACUGCCCGUCGGUACCUCCAGAGAAGAGCCACUACGCUGGGCUCUGCAGCUCCUCCAGCAGGCACGGAUUACACCUCAGACCCAACCACAAGGAGCUGAAUCAGAACAGCAUAGACAGCUCGGGGUACUCGUCCUCUGAGGGCAAUUACAAGAAGCCCACCACCCCCACCAGUACUGCCACUAAGAUCAGCAGUAACAGUGCAGCUCCCAGUGAUGGAUACAAAACCAGAAUCAGAAGUGCCUUCCUUAGUCUGAUGGACUCAACCUCACUGAUGGUCGCUGCAGCACAGUCAAAAAUAACAAAUCUGACAGCUUCAGCUAAUAAUCCGUCGUUCAGCAAGCACGUGAAGAAGGCUUGUGGCCUUUUACUCCUCCUCCUCCUCAUAAUUCUCUGUGUUUGGUUCCUCCUUCCAUUGUUGACCUCUUUCAUCUCCCGCAUGGCUGUCACAAAGAGCCAAUCACAGACAAAACCUGUUGCCCCUGCCAUUGUCCCUCCUCCUCGACCCAACAUCGUACCUCCUACACCUGUGCUGGAUCCAGCUGUUGUGUCUGCUACUGUGGAAGCAAAGAUGCAGCAUAUUCUGGAGGAGCUGCAGCUGAAGCAGGAACGCCUUCUCUCCCAGAUGAAGCAGGGCAUAGAGGUGGACAUGCAGGGUAUGAAAGCCAAGCUCGAGGCCGUGGGUUCGGACAGUCGGCUGCGUCUGAACGAGGAGGUUGCUGGGCUACAGAGGCAGAUAGCUGCUUACCAGACAGAAAGCCACUCCUCUGCCAGCAGUCUCAGGCUCAAGAUCCAAGCUUUAGAGGCCCAAAACGCCAAGCUGUCUCAGGAGUUAUCAUCCAUCCAGCUGGUGCCUCCUCCUGCCCCCUGUCCUGAACCCAGCACAGCCCCCGUCCUCACCCCAGAGCUCCAACUGGCCAUGGAGAAGUGGCUCACUGACUAUAUCAAGGAACAAGAUGCAAUCAGGCUCGGUGCAAGUGGCUGCACAGACUGCGGACGCCCCAUGGCCGACAAAAUGCCCGACUUCGCCCUGGAGACUCAAGGUGCGAGUGUGAUCAGCACCAGGUGUUCUGAGACGUAUCGUAUUCGUUCAGCGUGUGUGACCCUGUUUGGAUUCCCUCUGUGGUACCCGUCUGAAAGCCCACGCACUGUCAUUCAGGGUUACCCGGUGAUGCUUCCAGGGAAAUGUUGGGCGUUUCAUGGGGUCCAGGGGACUCUUGUCAUCUCCCUGUCUCACCCCAUCCGGAUAAGUCAUGUGACUCUGGAUCACCUGCCGCGCUAUAACUCCCCAACCGGCCGCAUCGACUCCGCACCCAAAGACUUUGAGGUCUAUGGGAUGAAAAAAGAAGACGAAGAAGAAGGAGCACUGCUGGGGACGUUCACUUACAACGAGCAUGGAGAGUCAACCCAGACAUUUAAGCUUCUUAACCCCAGUGACGAGGUGUAUCGAUUUGUGGAGCUGCGUGUCCUCUCUAAUUGGGGUCAUGUCGAAUAUACGUGCGUUUACCGCUUCCGUGUGCAUGGAGCGAUCGCCUCCACAUGAGACUCACCGACAGCGACGUGACA